UUCGUGUGUGCCAGAGCCACUCUCCUGUAACCACGAGAGAUGGGGCAGCCUGUGCCGUGAGGACGGAGAUCGGAAGAAGAAAACCAAGGACAAGAAGACAAGCGAGACAGAAGGGGACAUCUGGAGAAAGCGGAAGGCAGGAGACUGGGAGGGAAAAAGAAACCCACAGCAGGUGGAAACAAGAUCUAGAGCAAACCGGUCGGGUCCACAAUCGUUUUCCUGGAAGAGAAUUACCGGAGGAUUACUCUUUUUUCCCUUCAGUUAAUGAAAACUACUUUUAUCCUCAUCAUAAAAGAAAAGGCUAAGGGGAGGUAAAAACAAUCUCUGUUUUCUUAGGGGGAGAGCUGAGGGAAAUUCAGACUGUCUCUUUGAAGCGUCUGAAAUAAGCCAUUGCCUGGUACACAUUGCAGAACCAUCCUGGUUUCUGAAGAUCUACAUCCCUUUCACGAGAAUUCCAGCCAGAGGAGCUGGUACAGUUCUAUUUUUAUAUUUAAAUAUCUAUGUCUUUUCCCCCCCUUUUAAUAACACUUUCCUUGCUUGUAAGCACGAAUGACAAGAAAGUGUCAAUACGGAGUAGGAGUAUUUUCAGUUUACUCUUUUAUCCGCCUGGGUCUUUUUUAAGAGGGUAGGAGUGGUCCUUAUUUCGGAAAAGGACGUUUCAAUUUGAAAGGCUCUCUCUCUAAAUAUAUUUACACCCACACGCAUUCAGAAGGAGAAAUACCUUUCGGAGGUUGAAAUCCCACUGAGAAAGAUGGAAAAAGGAGCCAGGCACCGAAACAACACUGAAAAGAACCACCCGGGUGGGAGCCAGUCGGACGCCAGCCCCGAGACUGGUUCCGGAGGGGGCGGAGUAGCCCUGAAGAAACAGAUUGGAUUGGUCAGUGCUUGUGGUAUCAUUGUAGGAAACAUCAUCGGCUCUGGAAUCUUCGUCUCGCCAAAGGGCGUGCUGGAGAACGCCGGCUCUGUGGGCCUCGCUCUCAUCGUCUGGAUCGUGACGGGUCUCAUCACAGCUGUGGGAGCCUUGUGCUAUGCUGAGCUCGGGGUCACCAUCCCCAAAUCUGGAGGUGACUACUCCUACGUCAAAGACAUCUUUGGAGGACUGGCUGGGUUCCUGAGGCUAUGGAUUGCUGUGCUGGUGAUCUACCCCACCAACCAGGCAGUCAUCGCCCUCACCUUCUCCAACUACGUGCUCCAGCCGCUCUUCCCCACCUGCCUCCCCCCAGACUCUGGCCUUCGGCUCCUGGCUGCCAUCUGCUUAUUGCUCCUCACAUGGGUCAACUGUUCCAGCGUGCGGUGGGCCACCCGAGUUCAAGACAUUUUCACAGCUGGGAAGCUCCUGGCCCUGGCCCUGAUCAUCAUCAUGGGGGUUGUACAGAUCUGCAAAGGAGAAUACUUCUGGCUGGAGCCAAAGAACGCAUUUGCAAAUUUCCGAGAACCCAACAUCGGCCUCAUCGCACUGGCUUUCCUUCAGGGCUCCUUUGCCUACGGAGGCUGGAACUUUCUUAAUUACGUGACUGAGGAACUUGUUGAUCCCUACAAGAACCUUCCCAGAGCCAUCUUCAUCUCCAUCCCACUGGUCACAUUUGUGUAUGUCUUUGCCAAUGUCGCUUAUGUCACCGCAAUGUCCCCCCAGGAGCUGCUGGCAUCAAACGCAGUCGCUGUGACUUUCGGAGAGAAGCUCCUAGGGGUCAUGGCCUGGAUCAUGCCCAUUUCCGUUGCCCUGUCCACAUUUGGAGGAGUCAAUGGAUCUCUUUUCACCUCCUCCCGGCUAUUCUUUGCUGGAGCCAGGGAGGGCCACCUUCCCAGCGUACUGGCCAUGAUCCAUGUGAAGCGCUGCACCCCGAUCCCAGCCUUGCUCUUCACAAUCAACUUGCUGUUCCCCAUCAUCUACUUGCUGUUCUGGGCCUUCCUGCUGGUCUUCAGCCUGUGGUCGGAGCCCGUGGUGUGUGGCAUCGGCCUGGCCAUCAUGCUGACAGGAGUGCCCGUGUAUUUCCUGGGUGUUUACUGGCAACACAAGCCCAGGUGUUUCAACAACUUCAUUGACUUGCUAACUCUGGUGAGCCAGAAGCUGUGUGUGGUUGUGUACCCCGAGGCGGAGGGGGGCUCGGGGACAAAGGAGAUACAGGAGGACAUGGAGGAGCAGCGGCAGCCCAUCUGCCAACCCACUGCCUCCAAGGGCAAGGACUCAGUGGAGCAGCCCCAGCCCUGAGGACCACCAGCCCCUCUCAGCUGCCUCCUCCCUCCUUCAUCCCCCUCUCUGCCCUCCUUCCCUGCCUGGGUCCCCCCUACACACACACACACACCCCUCUGCUUCUGUCAAGCAGGGGCAGGACCUGGGUGUGGGUGGUGAGAAACUAUAAACAAAGACACUGACAUUUGUACCCAAAGAACCGGCCUCUCGCCCCCAGGGCCUGUGUGCAGAGGGCUGCCCACGCUGGAGCUUUAGAGGAGAGUGGAACUGCAGGGGCGCCCUCCAGGCCCUCCCCCCAGGCCCACACCCUCAGUUGCCUCCUCAGGAACCUGAGUUCAGCCUGCCCUCCCCGCUCCUGAGCCCAAGGGAGCCUCAGCUCCAGAGAAGAGGCAGCAACAGCGAGUUGGUUGGGGAGGGACAGACUCAAGCAAAUCUGUCACCAUUAAAAGUCAGCUGGAGAGACCCAAGAAAUUAGAGGCAAUGCUUCCCUCUGCCCUCUUCCCCACCCCACCCUGCCAUACUUCCACCCACCCCAGCCUGGGCUCCCUGUCCAGAGGAAGGUUCCUGUCAGGAGGCCACCUCCCCCCUGAGCUAAGGACCAAUAGCAGGAGAACUGCCCCCUCCUCCUAGCUCCAAGCCGGGCCUGCGGAGCAGAUGGGGAGAGGCUCAGACUGCAGAGACCCAGCUAUGCCCCUGCCUCUUGCAUCCUGCCCCCACCUCGGUGCCAAGCUUCCUGCAGCCAGAAAACCUUCUUAUUUACAAUGUAGUGGACAUUUCUCUCCUGAUGACAAAGCAGCUCAGCUCCCCUCCCUCUGCACCCGCACCGGAAGGAGCAGUCACCCUGUUAUCCCUGCAACUAAGCCCCCAGCACACCCCACGCAGCCAGCACUGCCGGCAGACCCUCUUGCCCUUUCCCUCCUCUCUGGACCCUCCACCCCGUGUGAAGUCUCCCCCAGCCCUUCAGGCCUGAAACUAGAGCCAAAUCAGCCUGAGGUCGCCUCCCAUCCAAGAAAUGGACCUAAAAAUAUUCCCUUAUUUCUAACCCUCAGGACAAACGUGGUAUAAAAAGCCUUCCUGGGAGGGAGGGAGCUUUCCCACCCCCCAGAGGCACCCAUCCCAUAACCUCGGGUUCUAUUGGGGGAGAAAGUGUAUUCUGAAGGCCAGUUCCUCCCCCUCUCCCCCAGAUAACCCCUCCUCUUUCUGGCCCCACCACUGUCCUGUCUUUGGACAGCCCCCAGGGCAGGAGCAGAAGCCACCCCCUUUGGAGGCUCUUGGUCGUUCACGUGUGUGGACCUCUGGCCCUCCCACAGGCAGAGGCUGCCUUUCCCUGUGCUCCAGAGGACGGCCCAGUGUUUGCCCUGGGCCUUGCAGCCUCCCUGCCUCACCUGCUGCGCUAAUGACUAAUUUAUCCCAAAGCCGAGCCAUCCUGUCCGCUUAAACUGGAAAAUGAGAGAGCCCUCCAGGCCCGCUAGCUCCGGCCUCCCAGCUUCCGGCCCCGACACCUGAUCCCGCGCCGGUGAGAUGCUGGUUUGGUCUACCUUACGGUCCCUUCCGAGUGGACUCCACGCAAGCUGGGGCUG